AACAAAAAUACCACUUCAUUCAAUAUAAUAACAAAAAUCAUAACAAUAAUAAUUAGAAGUAUAAUUAAUUUAAUUGUGGCCAGAAAAAAAUAUACUUAAAAAACUCAAAACAGAGCUUCCUCCUUUCUCAUAAUGAUAAUAUAAAUAAUAUAAACGCGUACAGGUUCAUCAGUCUUCGCGUUCCCGCCGCCUGUUUUCUUCUUCUGACUUCUCUCUCUCUCGCUCUCACUUUUCUCUCUCUCUCUUCUUCUUGUUCUACUUCUUUCUCCCUCUAAAAGUUAUUGAAGUUGCUCAUCAAAGGAGCCAAAACUGUAACAAAACAUAGUUCUCUAAUGGCUAAGUCAAAGAAUAAUGCAAAAAAACUUUCUUACAUCUCUGUCCCAUCUCAGAUCAUCAACUCUCUAUCAUCUUCGUCUCUUCAAUCUCUCCUUCUCUCGCCCAAGAAAUCAUCAAGAAACAGUAGGUUAUUAAGCUUAUUGAACACUUACAGAAGACCAAAAUUCUGGUUUUGCUCUCUGUUUUUCUUUGCACUUUUUGGUAUGUUAAGGUUGGGUUUCAAUCUUGACCCUUUGGUUCCUUUUUCUCCAUACCCGUGUAUUACAAGUCUAACCCAGGGCAUAAGCUCAAAUGGGGUUUCAAAGACAGAGAAAAUGGAUGUUGCCGCAAAUGGUGACGAGAUUGAUGAAAAAGGUUUCUUGACCAACUUUAGUGCUUCACAGACAUUGGCUUCAAAUGGGUUUUCGGAGUUAGAGGAGGGUAACGAGUUCUGGAAACAGCCAGAUGGAUUAGGGUACAAGCCUUGUUUAACGUUCACAAGAGAGUAUAGGAGAGUAAGUGAAGGUAUUGUAAACAACAGGAGAAAGUACUUGAUGGUUGUGGUUUCGGGUGGAUUGAAUCAGCAGAGGAAUCAGAUUGUCGAUGCUGUGAUCAUUGCUAGGAUUCUUGGAGCUGCUUUGGUCGUCCCUGUCUUACAAGUCAAUGUCAUUUGGGGAGAUGAAAGCGAGUUCUCUGAUAUAUUCGAUUUGGACCACUUCAAGAGAGUUUUGGCCAACGACGUGCGUAUAGUCUCGUCACUUCCAUCGACUCAUAUCAUGACAAGACCGGUAGAAGAGAAACUAACACCCCUUCACGCUUCUCCUAACUGGAUUAGGUCCCGAUAUCAUAAAAGGAUUAGCAGGGAUGGAGUCUUACUUUUACGAAGUUUGGAUUCAAAACUCUCUAAGGAACUUCCUUCUGAUCUUCAGAAACUUCGUUGCAAGGUUGCAUUUCAUGCAUUGAGGUUUGCUCCACCAAUAUUGGACCUCGGCAACAAGCUGGCAGAGAGGAUGAGGAACAAAGGGCCGUACCUUGCUCUGCACCUUCGGAUGGAGAAGGAUGUGUGGGUGAGGACUGGUUGCCUUCCUGGUUUGAGCCCUGAAUACGAUGAGAUUGUGAGCAAUGAGCGGAAACUACGACCAGAACUCCUUACUGCCCGAUCUAACAUGACUUACCAUGAUAGAAAGCUUGCAGGUCUCUGCCCUUUGAAUGCAUUGGAAGUGACCAGGCUGCUUAAAGCUCUUGGAGCUCCAAGAAAUGCAAGAAUAUAUUGGGCUGGUGGGCAACCACUUGGUGGAAAAGAAGCUUUGCUUCCAUUGACGAAUGAAUUUCCCAAUUUCUACAACAAGGAAGAUCUUGCCUUGCCUGGAGAACUUGAACCAUUUGCUAAAAGAGCUUCGGUCAUGGCUGCCAUUGACUAUAUUGUCUCUGAGAAUAGUGAUGUGUUCAUGCCAUCUCAUGGGGGAAACAUGGGCCAUGCGAUACAGGGUCACCGAGCUUACGCCGGACACAAGAAGUACAUAACUCCAAACAAGAGGCAGAUGCUUCCUCAUUUUCUCAACUCUUCCCUCCCAGCAGCUGAGUUCAAAAGGAUCAUAAGCUACUUGCAUCGCGAUUCUUUUGGGCAGCCAGACCUCAGAACCAGUAAAGUUGGAAGGGAUGUCACGAAGUUUCCCAUCCCUGAGUGUAUGUGCAAUGAUUCGCAGUCUCACUCUCGUUCCUGAACUGACUGUAGCCAGCCGAAGCAUAAUUUUAAACUACAACAAGGCAUUGGCCGCAACAAGAUUCUUUUCGCUUGAAUAUGAUCGAAGCAUCUUUCGGUGAAUUGAAUCCAUCGGAUCAGAGCCCCCUUUGAAGAACAGUGGUGUUUCUCUUCAGGGCCAUGAUGAUCCUUUGUGUUACCAUUCUUCACAGGCCAACUAAGCCAUAACACUGUUAGGCAUGCUUGCUUAAACUUUUUUGGUGCUUCCCAAAGUACAUGAAUUAUUGUGAUGCAAGCUGGUGGAACCCCCACCUUGAUGGACAAGAACAGUGAUGCCAUACCUUUUUUAUUCUUUGAUUCUUUUAUACUAUAUAUCAUAUAGAAAAAAAAGUAAUACAGAACAGUCUUCUUUUCCAUUCAUUUGUUUCUUUUUCUACUUUUUCCACUUAUUCGUAUGUGUAUAAACUCUCAUAUAUCAAAAUACGUGUAUAUUUUUGUAUAAUAAUGUGAAGUCUGUUAUGUUACAAA